AUGAGGAUAAAAAGUAAAAGAAGUGGAGAAAUAUGCCACUCCAUUCGGGAGUCACUCUGGACAAGUGUUUCUGAGCUAUGGCCUAUAGGUCAGCCAUCAUGGCAUCCAAAGAAGAAUGUAAUUACAAAUGAGGACCUGGGAGAAAUCUCUAAGAUGGUUCCCACAAAGGGUACAGGGGAGAAAAAAAAAAAUCUAUGCAAACGAAGAAAGGCAACACUGGAACCUCAUGAGAGCAGAGAAGAAGAAAACGGAGGUGACAGUGGGAAUGAAGAUGAGGCGGGAGAGGAGGAGAUGGUGGAGUAA